UUUCAAGCAGCAGGUUGACAGUCUUCUCAAGGUCUUGUGUCCAUCAAGAAGUGUUCUCUGAUAAAAUGGCACUAGAUUUGUAUUACACAGAACACACUGCUGCUUGCCGGUCCGUCAUGCUAACGGCUAAAGCUGUUGGCGUAGAGCUUAACAUGAUAAAAGUUGACGUGAUUGGCAAGCAACAGAUGAAAGCUGAACUCCUGGCUGUGAACUGCCAGCGCUGCUUCCCAACUCUGGUCGACGAUGACUUGGUCCUCUGGGAGAGUCCGUCAAUCUGCACCUACCUUGCCACACAAUACGGGAAGGACGACUCGCUGUACCCUGGGAACCCGAAGGCUCGAGCCACGGUCGACCGCCUCCUCUACUUUGUCAUGGGCACGCUCCACCACAGAUUCCUUCACUACGUGCUCCCAGUCCUAAAUGAAGAAAAAUCAGACCCAGUGAAGCUGGAAGCCCUGCAGGAGGCGUUGACUUGGCUCGACGACUUCCUGGAUGGCCACUCGUGGGCUGUCGGCAACAGCCUCACCGUCGCCGACAUAGUCUUGGUGGCUACAGUGUCUACAGUCGAAGCUGCAGGAAUAGAUGUAUCAAGUCACGAUAAUGUGACAGCCUGGAUGGUACAGUGCAAGUCUGCUCUACCCGGCUAUAGUGAAGUGAACGAGCCCGGUGCUUUAGAGUUCGGAAAGUGGAUUAAAGAAAAAUUUGAAAGUAACUAAUUGCCAUACAAGUUUUUCAGUAUAUAUAUAUUUAAAUGUUAUUAAACUAAUUUAGAAGUUA